AUUGUCGAUACACCCUUUUUUGUGUGAGUGUGUGUGUGUGUGGCGGGGGGGGGGGCGCAUGUGUAUAUGUACUGAGAGAGUUGUCGUGGCAUUUACAAAGUGCAAAAUAAUUAUAUCAAUAUAUUCUGGAACAGCAGGCUUCAUAUUUCUGUGCUAUAACAUUUCCGAGCUAAUAGAGGAUUGUUAAGGCUUCUCGGAACCACUCCUAGUAUUGUCUCAUUCUAUGGCCAGUGAAAUAAUACUUUGGCAUCCCACGAGAUGAUUUUCGAUGUCGGCACCCAAGGGAAACUCUAAUGGUUUUGAGCUCUUAAAAACCCAAUCUUUUUUUUCCAUUGUGAUCUGUCUGUAUUUCCUCCAUGUGUUCUUGUGUUUUACAGUUUGGAUGUCCAGGUUGUGUUGCAGGUCUUUGUAUAGACUGAAAUGGAGAAGAAAGACUUGAAUAAGCGGCCCGAAGGUGAUCCACAUCCAGCUUACCUCUCCUCUUGCAAAUGUAUGACUUUAUCUGCCAUAUUGAUUCCUCUCAUCAUCGGGGUUGUUGUUGGGUUUAUGACAGGUAAACUCUACACAUUCUUUUUUUAUAGUCAUUUGCACAAAGUAUCAAAAUAUUAUGAUACUGAUGGAAACUUAAACCAGCCUUGUUUUCCCUGUUUAGUUUACUUAAUACAAGAGGAACAUUAUUUCAUGGAGACGGUGGAACUGCAAGGGCUCAGUUAUGAUCCAAGACUGAGUGAUAAAACAUCAGGAUUUUAUUUAGUUCUGACUGCGACUCUCAAAGAAAAGAUCAGGAAUAUCUUUAGUGCCUCUGCAGUAGCAAGUCACUUUAUUGACUGCCAGAUAGUUGCAUAUGGGAAUGGCAACACAAAUGUUUUGACAACUCUACGUUUGGUCUUGCGGAUCUCUCAAGUCCAGGGGUGUACAGAGAGUUAUGUUCAAGGCCUACUCCGCACUGGACUGAAGGCCAUGUUGAAUGGGAAACCCAUCGUUGUCCCAGAUUACGGAGAGAUCCAUGGCAUCAUCCUUCUUGGGGCAAAUGGAAAAUCAUUAAAUGAGAUUGGGAAUGACAUAAGUAUAUGUCCUGAAGAAACGUUCCCUUGUGGCAACGGCGAAUGCAUCACAAAGCUUAAUCCAGAAUGCGACUUUAUCAAGGACUGUGUUGAUGGUUCAGAUGAAGCCUUUUGUUCCUGUGGAACACGUCCAGUCAUGGCUAACCGUGUUGUGGGUGGUGAAAACACCCGUCAUGGUGAGCUACCCUGGCAGGUCAGUCUCAGACUACACGGUCAUCAUACCUGUGGCGCAUCCAUCGUCAACAAUCACUGGCUCGUCAGUGCUGCCCAUUGUUUUGAAACAGAAAACAAUCCAAAAUAUUGGACAGCUCUUGUGGGAGCCAAUCUAGUCAGUGGAGAAGAGGACGGAGCCACAAUAGUAAACAUCAAGUCCCUGGUCAUCUCUCCAAGCUACGAUCCCGUGACCACUGACAGUGAUGUGAGCGUGUUGAAGUUGGAAAUGCCCUUGACGUUCAGCUCUUAUGUUCAGCCAGUCUGUAUCCCAUCAUCCUCUCAUAUUUUCAGUGCUGGGCAGAACUGCAUCGUCUCUGGCUGGGGAGCUCUUAAUCAGUUCACCAAUGAAAUGCCUUCUACAUUACAGAAGGCAAUUGUGAAGAUCAUUGACUCGAACGUUUGCAACAAGUCAUCUGUAUACAGAGGUACGAUUACCCAAAAUAUGAUGUGUGCUGGUUUUCUUCAAGGGACGGUAGACUCUUGUCAGGGAGAUUCCGGAGGACCUCUGGUAUGCGAGGUGUCCCCUGGACGCUUUUUCUUGGCUGGCGUGGUGAGCUGGGGAAUGGGAUGCGCACAGAUCAACAAGCCUGGGGUCUAUUCCCGCACCACCAAGCUCCGCAACUGGAUUCUGAGCUACACCAAUACUGCACCAACAAUCCAAGUCACCCCCACUGUCCCUAGCAUCACAACAACUGCUGUUCACAAAACUACAUCUAUAAACCCAUCUUCAGAGCAUGUCAGUAAUGAUCAUAACCCUGCUCCUGGGAACUGCAGUGGUAAUUAUAACUGUGGUGGAGACAUGUGCAUCAGCAAGACAAAUCCAGAGUGCGACAGAGUCCGUGACUGCCCCAACGAUGCAGAUGAGAAAAACUGUGACUGUGGGAAUCGUCCAGUCAUCCCCCAGAAGAGGAGUAUUGAUGGCGUCACCGCCUACAGAGGUGAAUGGCCGUGGGUGGGCAGUCUGCAGUACCAAGGCACUCACCGCUGUGGAGCUACACUUAUCCACUGCAAAUGGCUCCUGACCGCAGCUCACUGCUUCAGAGGUGACCUGGACCCUGCCAGCUGGACUGUAAGCCUCGGCUCAGUCAUUUGGUCUGGAGUGGGUGCUCUGGUGAUUCCAGUGCAAAGGAUCAUCCCUCAUCCUGCUUUCAAUAGCAGCACCAUGGACUUCGAUGUGGCCCUGGUGGAAAUAUCCACCCCCACCCCAAAAUCCUACACCAUCCAGACUGUGUGUUUGCCUUCCCCCUGGCAUAUCUUCAACAAAAGUAUGGAAUGCUUCAUCACUGGAUGGGGUGCUAUGAGGGAGGAUGGUAUGAUAACCAACUUGCUGCAAAAAGCACAGGUUAGUAUCAUUGAUCAGUUGGACUGCCAGCAAGCUUACAGUGCUGAACUUACCAACAACACGAUGUGUGCUGGCUCUAUGGAAGGAGACGUGGACACGUGUUUGGGAGACUUAGGGGGCCCUCUGGUGUGCCAUGAACCCCAGAGUCGGUGGUUUCUGGCUGGGGUGACCACCUGGGGUCACAUCUGCGGUGGACUUGGCUUCCCGGGAGUUUACACGCAAGUCACGGCUGUCAGAGAAUGGAUAUCUACAUACCUCCUUCUUUAAAAAUACAAUCUAGAAAUUUUCUCCACCAUCAUUCUCACAAGUGACGUGCAGUCGUGUCUCUCAGUUGAAAAGAAUGCAUGAAAGAAACUCAGACGGACAACUUUACCAACCAGUUCAUACUGUACAGUUGAAAUAUGUAUUUUUUGGUAUUUAUUAACAAUGCAUUCAGGUGUAGGAAGCAGUAGCCAUGCUAAAGCCAUGAGGUGAUAAAACCACGUGGCCUCCCCUGAAUCACUAGACAUUUUUAACGUAAAUAUUUUUUACGAAAAAUAAGUGAUGUUCCAAUUUGAAAGGCUGCAGAUUCCUUGUUGCACUUUGCUUAAAAAUAUGUCAAAUUAAGAGUUUUUUUUUUUAUAUGGCGACAUUUGCUCGCCUUGAGUUGGAUCAGUUCUGAUUAAAUGAGAUAUCACCAGCAGAAUUUAUUACUACAAAUCAAAAAGGACUUUACUACAAAAUGAAGCAACAAAUCAAUACCUAAACCUCACAUCAAAAGUCUGUGCCAUUGAACAAGAUGCUUUUUCUAAGCAUUGGUCUACCAUAAC